AUGGUGGCACUGAGAAAACUCUUCCAAGCCGAUCGCAAAUUACAUCGCCGGUCCAACGGUUCGGAAGUCGACAGCACAAGCAAGCGACAACCGUACGUGGAUGACGUUCGACACGCAGUCCACUCAAAGCGUGCAGAUUUUGGGCUUGAAGAUGGUUCAUCUCCAGCUUAUCCGUCAACUGAUUGGAGAGCUACCCAUGGUGAUGACCUGACACAUCAAUUUGACCAGAUUGAAAGUCAUUUUGCAGAUCUCAAUUAUGAUAGGGAGCAAAGUGCCCAGGACCGUCCGACACAUCAAACCUUGCUCAAGCCAAGUAGCCACCGCGGUUCCGAUUCCAACGCUCGGCAUGUUGACCUCAUGGCGGCUGUUGCAACGAGUGAGCCCCCGAUGAUCUGCAGUGCCUCAGACGCCUUGUCGUCCGCCAAUGUGUAUAAUGAAGAUGUUGCGGAGCGCAACAUGACGCGGUUCCUUCGCAUCCAAUAUCGCAGUGGACUCUCACGCUCGCGACUUUUUUCUGCGCUGUACCAAGAAGACGUCGCGGAUAGAAACAUUGCAAAGUACAGCAAAGGAACUUCCUCGCUGACGUUAUCAAGUCAAUCUUCUACUCCGACGCCCGGAAAAGUGCGCAAUCACAGCGCAGACCCGCGUAGGAAAGGGCCUAUGGGCAAGGUCAAUUGGACCUCGGAUGGUGAUCUGCGAGCUAAUGUGGCCUCAUUGCCAACAAGGGACACUGAAUCAGGCUGCUCCCCGGUCAGCACUGCCCUUCGUCAGUGGAAUUCGGUGCCAAGUCUCUCGGUGGACGACGUGAAGGCAGAGGCAGCUAGUACUAAUCCUCCGAUUCAACUGCUGGGUGUUCCACCGGCGCAUAAACAAGGACCGCGGUGGAGUCAUGCACCUUUGCCGGAUAGCCCUACGCUUCCAAUCACAGUGAUACCAACGUCUGAGACACCUGGGCCAGGCGUUGAACACUCAUCUGCGCCGCGACCGGCCAAUAUCGCAGCCCCAAGCCCAUCCGCGACUCCCAGGAUGUUGUCGCCUUCUUCGCGGGGGCUGACCUCUUCCCGACGGAACGUCAGGGAUUUAUCGAUUGACACAGGACUCGCAGCCCAGAGUCGGACGGAUAUCGCACAUCGCGCAAUUCAACCCCCUACACCCUCGUCAUUUGAGACCCAUUUGACACCGAGCAUCGCGGAGAUCAUGCACAGCCCUCUGCCUCAGCUUACUCCCCGAGAACCAUCCCCUAAUUCCAAGGUCCUCGAGAUGAUGGAUCUUUUUAAUCGAAUGUACUUUUCGACUCAGCCCGUGACCAACCAUCCCGCAUUUGAGACCUUGCAGGACGCCAUUGUUCGCGAGAUAAACUCCCACGACGCGUUUAAGAGAGUGUCUGUCCCUGACAUGGGGCCCCCUUUUACUCCAAGCCCUGCUCAGGACAUGUUUGAUAACCAGCCUUGUCCUCCGGAGCCAGGGCUGAGUCGCAGCCUCUCAGCAAGAUCUUUGUCCAAGAUCAUGAGAGGAAGUUCCUUUAGCAAGCGGAGUCGAUAUGCUGAAAAUCGAACAAGCACAUCGACGAGCGUCUCACACAAACCUCGCGAGAGUCUGCUCCGCAAACUAUCAACAGCUUCAUCUCGCCGAAGACACACGGACGCCCCGGCUCCCUCGCCGGGACUUCUAGGUGACAAUUCAUUAGUGCAAGGCAUCGCGUCUGUCCCGCCACCAAGCCAUAUAGAAGGAGUCAGCGAUACCUCUAAUGACGCACUCUCCUCUUCGACACCAGCCCGCUCUUGGUCUCUAAGAAAGCAUUCAAACCGCGACUCAACCUCCACUACCCCGAGUGUAGGUCAAUUCCUCCCGGAGCGGGCCAUCACUCCAGGAAGCAUAGGAUCCAUUCAUUAUUUGCAAGCCAAGUCUACCUGCCCACGAGAUUACCAGGAUCGCGACACACACGAAGAUAGCGAUGAUGAUAUCAUACACCUUCCGAGCGUCGCUCUUCCGCCUCGUCGCGUACGGGUCGACGCCGUUGAUGAGAACAACGUCCGAUACAUGAUCGAUCCUUCAGUGUCAGCCGAUGCGCACAGGCUGAUCAACUGGCCCAGACGCUCAAAUCGUGGCACGCCUUCAUUUUGUGCCGCCACUAACCCCUUGGAUCUCGACACCUCCACGAUUCAGACAUUUUAG